GCGGCCCCACGUGUCAGUGAUGGCUAGACUUCUCACUCCCUCCCAGCUUCUUCGGACGCUUCGCUUGUCUAAUCGCUGCAACUGCAGCUUGCUCGCUGACUUGCCGCCGGCGAGCCCCGCUCCGAGCAUCUCCGCUGCUGCUUCUGCCGAAUCCCAGAGCUCCUUCUCCCGCUUGCCCCCUUUCCCUCCUGUCACAUUGAUUCGAUUUUCGUCGCCCAUGGAGCUACAAAUUAAGUGUAGGAACCAAUUAAAAGCUUGCCAAAACUAGGGCGGCGGCAUCAGCAUUCAGCAAUACCCUAGGCGGGCUCUCCUCGCCUCCACAGCUCCAGGAAGCCGACCCAGAGCAGCACAGCGCCGCCCAUUCUGUCUCUCUCGGUCUCGGCAGCGUAGGCAGCGUCACCCUCCGCUUAAACCACCAGCACCAGCUGCUGGUGCGCCGCCCCGCCCGGCACCGCCGCUCCUCUACCUCUUCCUGGUGGAUUGGUGAGAGGAAGCCCUAACUUGGCCUCUCUUGAAUCAACUCGGCGGUGGCUUUGAGUCAGUAGGUGUUGUUUUGCGCUCUUAUUCAAAACCCAAAUCUGUCCCUCCUCUCAGAUUAUUGUGAGUUUAUCCCUGCCCCAAUCCAUCUGUCCAUGGUCCGCGUGGGCUUGUCUUCCGCGCCCGGGGUCAAUCUGACAGAGCAAAUCGAUAAUGUUUUUGACCAACUGAUCAACAAGAUAGAACAUGCGGAUUUUGAUACGCGGCCUUUCUUGAAACAAUUGAAUGUGUUAGGCCGCUAUGAACCAAUCAAGCGGAAUGUAUAUUGCACUAAGAGACGCAUUGAAGAUUAUGGCAUUUCUUGUCACUGUAAGCCUUCUCCUGGUUCAUCAGUUGUGUGUGGCAGAGACUGCCAUUGUGGCAUGCUUUUCUCUUGCUGUUCAUCACAAUGUGAAUGUGAUGACACAUGCACCAAUAAAUCAUUCCAGCACAGACCUCUUAAGAAAACCAAAUUGAUUAAGACAGAGAAAUGUGGUCAUGGAUUGGUUGCUGAGGAUGAAAUAAAGAAAGGAGAAUUUGUUAUUGAGUAUGUUGGAGAAGUUAUUGAUGACAGAACAUGUGAGAAUAGGCUAUGGACAAUGAAAAGGCUGCUUGACACUGACUUCUACCUUUGUGAGGUCAGUAGUAAUAUGGUCAUUGAUGCAACAAACAAGGGAAACCGGUCCCGAUUCAUAAACCAUAGCUGUGAACCAAACACAGCGAUGCAGAAAUGGACUGUUGAUGGAGAGACCAGGGUUGGAAUUUUUGCACUUCGUGACAUAAAGAUAGGGGAGGAGCUGACCUAUGACUAUAAAUUUGUCCAGUUUGGAGCAGCUCAAGUUUGUCAUUGUGGGUCUUCGAACUGCAGAAAAAUGCUAGGCACGACGAAGUAUUCAGGAAGCUCACAGAAUCAUCAUGCCAAGAAGAAAAAGCGGAAAACAAGUUGUGAGAAUUGCAUACAGCAGUUUCUUCGGCUGUGGCAUCCACAUAAAAAAAUGUAUGUUGGUUGUUGGAUAAUUGACUUCGAUCAAGAAACUAAAAUGCAUACUCUGAAGUUCAAUGAUCUCCAUACUGAAAAGUUCAAUUUGAAGGAAGAAGAAUGGCACUUCUUAGAGGUCGAUUUUGAUGAAGAUUGAUCAUUGAAGGUAACUGCAAGAGUUGGCUGCCAUGGUUUGUGACAGGGUUGCCAUGGUUUGCUGCACCGCCGGCCUACUAGUUGGGGGUUCAUUUGCGAUGGCAGCAUAGACAGACGGACGGCCAUUUUUCUUCCAUUUUGGAGUAAUAGUCCAAGCCUGAACUGUGACAUUCGUGCAUGCUUAUACGUGAAAGUGUACCUGAGAGCAGAUUAUACGUGAAAGUGUAUCAGCGUUGCAUAUGCAUGGACGGUUGGGUCCCCCAGCGUUUUUUUUGGUGCUGCGGCGAUGCUUGCUGCCUCGACAAACAAGCAUGUUUCAAG